UCACAAUGUCAAAGUCAGACCCCCCUCCAAGUUACGAAGAGUCAAGACAGCAGCCUUAUGGCCCACAGCAUCAUGGAAACUAUCCAUACCCUCCUUAUGGAUAUCCAGCCCAGCCAGCAGUGUACACGGGCCCGGGACAGCCAGGCAUAAACCCCCAGACAGGGCUGUGGCAGGGCCCUGGGCCUGGAUACUCCCCUUCAGCAAUGCCAUCCUUUAUAACACCAGCAAUUUUUUCCUCCAACCUAAGAGAUGCAGAGGGCAUCUCAUCGACUGGCAUAUGGGACAGCAUGAGUGUUCGCCAUGCUUUCAUUAGAAAGGUUUACCUUAUUUUAGCCGCCCAGCUGUUUAUGACUUCUUCAAUCAUUGCAGUGUUUGCGUUUGUUGAGCCUGUGCGUCUUUUUGUGGUCCAAAAUCCUGCCAUUUAUUGGGCAUCAUUCCCCGUGUAUCUUGUUACUUACCUCAUGCUGGUUUGCUGUGAGGGUCCGAGGAGACGUCAUCCAUGGAAUUUAAUACUCCUGUUCAUUUUUACCCUUGCAUUGUCUUACAUGACAGGAACAAUAUCAAGUUAUUUUGACACCAAAGCAGUGUUUCUGGCCCUGGGGAUCACAGCAAUGGUGUGUGUAAUCGUCACAGUCUUCUGUUUUCAGACCAAGGUUGACUUCACCUCCUGUACGGGUCUGCUCUGUGCUCUUUGUGUGGUUGUCCUGGUGACUGGCAUUAUCACAUCCAUUGUACUCUCCUAUCAGUAUGUGCCCUGGCUGCACAUGCUGUAUGGUGCUUGUGGAGCAAUAGUCUUUACCUUGUUUUUGGCCUACCACACUCAGUUGCUCAUUGGAAACCGAGCGAACGCCAUCAGCCCUGAGGAAUAUGUCUUCGGAGCCCUUUCCCUCUACGUUGAUAUCGUCCAGAUCUUUAUCUUCCUCCUGCACAUCACAGGGAGCUCUGAGUAAACUCACACACGCAUUUGAGCGUUUCUGUUUCAGACACUGAUCUUUCUUUGAGCUUAUCUUGACUUUUUCCAAUCACACGAAUCUCAAAUAUCACCUUCAACACUACUGACUGUUAUUAUUUUGUGUUGUGUAAUAUGUUGCUCUACAGAGGUUGCUCAUACUUUGACAAAAUUGAUUGUUACUUUAUUUAUAAUAAGCACUUUAUUUUUGUAACGUUUCACCUGUUAAUUUGCAUUUUGAAGAGCCCGAGUGUGUACUAAAACAGCUCCACUGAGAUUUGAUAAUUGUAUUAUCAAUAUUUAGCCUACAACCUGAAGGGAAAUAAAAUGAAGAGAAACAGUA